GGAGGAGGGCGGCGGAUGCGCUGCUUCUCCAGUCUCGCUCUUCGCGUCUUUGUCUCACACUCUUUGUUAGCCAUGCCUAGCCUGCUGGUGCUGUCAGGGAUCAUGGAGAAAAAUGGGGGCUACGGCUCGGAACUGGCCGCCUCCGGCUUUGGUACCGAGAGCCUCCUGGCGCCGCCCGACGAGGAGGAAGAGGAGUCGCGGGCGCUGCGGGUUGCGCUGGGCCAGCUCUCCUUGCUCGGGCUCGGGGAAAGCGAGGAGGGCGCUGGAGUUCAGGAGCGGAGCAACAACAACAACAAUCACCACCACCACGGCCACAGCCACGCCAACAGCGUCGGCGGAGGAGGUGGUGGUGGUGGAGGAGGCGGUGGUGCUGGAGAAGCCGGGAUCUUACAAGGCAAGAGCAAGUUGUGCGCCCUGUACGAGAGCUCCGGUUCUGAGACCAAAGCGCGCGGCUGCAACAUCACCGAGUGUGUGCCCGUGCCCAGCUCGGAACAUGUGGCGGAAAUAGUGGGCAGGCAAGGUUGUAAAAUCAAAGCCUUGCGGGCGAAAACCAACACCUACAUCAAGACCCCGGUGCGGGGUGAGGAGCCCGUCUUUCUCAUUACCGGUCGCAAGGAAGACGUGGCGUUGGCUAGACGCGAGAUCAUCUCAGCGGCUGAGCACUUCUCCAUGCUGCGUGCAUCCCGGAACAAGCUGGGCGUGUCAUUUAACGGUUCUCCCCCCGCCCUGCUGCCAGGCCAGACUACCAUCCAGGUGCGCGUGCCUUACCGUGUGGUGGGCCUGGUGGUGGGCCCCAAAGGCUCCACUAUCAAGCGCAUCCAACAGCAGACGUGCACGUACAUCGUGACUCCGAGCCGCGAUCGCGACCCGGUCUUCGAGAUCACCGGUUCGCCGGGCAACGCGGAGCGAGCGCGGGAGGAGAUCGAGGCGCAUAUCGCUUCGCGCACCGGCACCCUCCACGACCACAACAAUGAGAACGACUGCCUGGCCACGGAGAACAGCACCAACGGUGGGCCGGAGAGUCGCCUACAGCACGCAUGGGGGCUUCAGGGCGGUCAGCGCAAGCCACUCGCUAGCAGUUACCGCCAGAAUUUCUCCGACGCCGUGCUAGGAGGUACCGGAAGUGGAAGCGUUGGAGUCGGUAUGGGCAUUUACAGCAAAUCCGACUUCUCGACCCCUACCAACGGAGACAAGCCAUGCUCUUAUUUUGGUUCUGAAGGGUCCCAGAGCUGGGGUGACCCCGAUUAUCCCAAGCAGGUGGCCUACUAUGUCCAGCAGCGCUCUAAGAGCUUCGGAGGCCUGCCCUUGCCCUUGACCAGACUGUCUCCGGGUCUCCCGGAACCUUCUGGAAACAGCAGUGCCGGAUCCACUGGCAUAGGGUCAGCCCACGCCCAGGCUCGACGUGCCCACAGCGAGCCCACCUCGACCCGAGACUGCAUGACUUGCUUCGAGAGCAAAGUGACGGCCGCUCUGGUGCCCUGCGGCCACAACCUCUUCUGCAUGGAGUGCGCCAUCCGCAUCUGCGAGCUGAACCAUCCCGAAUGCCCCGUCUGCCACACGCUCGUCACCCAGGCCAUCCGGAUCUUCUCUUAAAAAGGUUGUUUUUUGUUUUUUUUUUUGUUGGUUUUUUUUUGGUGCAUUGGUUUUAACUAGAUAUUUUUACCUACUUUUAUUAGUUUAGCAUUUGUUUGGUCAGUAUUGGUCAGUAUGCCCCAUGUACGUCUUGCUUUUUUUCAGAAAAUGAAAAAAAAUCAAAACGAGCAGAUAUUUUAGAAGACACUGCUUGCUUUACUAAAAAAAGAGUAAGAAGUAUUUUCAGAUUUUUUCUUUUAUAUAUAUACACACAUAUAUGCAUAUAUAUUUUAUAAACUUUUGUUAAAAUGGGGAAAAUUUUAACUCUUAAUGUUCGUUUUUUUUUGUUUUGGUUUUUUUUUUGGCUGUUAAUUUAUUUUAUUUUUUACUGCUGCUGUUUUUCCACAUGAAUUGCAGUGUGGGUAGAAACAGAAGAAAUAAUGUGAAUGUUUUACACUUUGUUUUAUUUUGGAAGUUAUUACCAUUAUUAUAAUUAUUAUUAUAAUAUAUAUACAUAUAUAAUUAUUAUUAUUAACGUUAAUUUUUACGAUUGGAAAGAAUAUAGUUUUACAUCCCAGCAUUUGUCUGCAACUAGACAAAGAUGCUUUUUAAAGGUAAAAGUAGAUAAAUGACUGAAUCUUAAGUCUAUCAUUGCACCUUAAAACUGAUAGCUUGAUUGUCACUGGAAGAAAAAAAACACACACACACACACACACACACACA